AUGCAGCAUGUGAGUUGUGCGGACACGCAGAAGUCGAUUCUCUCCGCGAUGAAAGGCCACGAAAUGAAGCUCGCAGUGGACCAGCUGGGCGUGUACGUGCUGAAUCGCUGUCUCGAUCAUUUCGCCCCCGAUCUCACGAUCGAGCUGAAGAAAACCCUGGCGGCCCAGUCCAUCACGCUCUCGAGGAAUCGCUACGGCGUGAUCUCGCUGCGGACGCUGUACAACACGGCGCCGGAAUCUAUCCAGGCGAUGAUUCGGAAGUCGGUGUUCGACCAUUUCCCCAGCGUGGUCUACGACCAAUACGGAUUCUAUUUUUUGCAGCAUUUGGUGGAGCCCCGAGUCGCGGAGUGCGAAGCGUCGCGAAGAACUAUAGUCGAGUUAUUUUGUGCUGAUAUCGCUACUUUUGUGCGUCAGAAGAAUGCUAUUACGAUCGUUGAAAAGUGUAUCGAUCUGUGUGAAUCCGAUCGAAUGAAACUCGCUCGCGCUUUGUUCAGCAAUUCCGAAGUAUACCAUAACAUGCACGAUGCAGAGGCUUUUCGCCUUGCUGUCCCCCGAGGAAAUCAAUUCCCUUCUUCCCGUUUUGCGUGA